AUGGCAAGAGCCAUAUAUCAAGAACGAAGGAGGGUGAUUUCAGAUUCCUCAGAUUCGGAGAUAGAAGUCAUUGAGAAGACCUCGAGUGGGAGAUUGGAAAGUAUAUCACCUCCUCCAGGACCGUCGGUACCACGUCUCACAUUCGCCCAAACGCCUCUAAGAUCAAGGAACGAUACCAACUUCGUACCUACUCCAUUGACGGUGAAGAAAUUGGAUUUCUCAAAUGUGAGGAUCAAAACGCCUGGAAAGAAAUUGGGUGGAUUGAGGUUUGUGCAAAGUAAAUCGCCUAUAAAGGAAACUGCAAUACUUCAAGAUCAGGUGGAUGUACGAGUGAUCGAAGGCGGACAAGAGGUAGACGAUGAUGAUCUUGAGGAACAGGAUGGUAUUGAGGAGCUGGAUUUGGGACGCUUGACAUUGAAUGACGAGGAGAAUCCAAUCGAGGGAAUUAUAUGUAUACAAGAUGAAGGGGACGAAGAAGACGAUGUGGAUGGUAUGCUUCAUACUCGUUCGACACCCUCGUCCAAUACAGGCAAACAGCGAUCUUCUUCACCCCACUUCGCCAUUACAUCAGUCGCAUCUUCUCCUACACCACUGACUUCAGAGACGCAAGCUGCGUCGCCUAUUCUGGUGCUAUCUGAUGCGGACGCUCAAGUCGCUUCUGGAUCUGAUUCUGAUUCUGAUGCAGACUCAGUGGUAUGGAAUCCAACACCUCGUCGUACGCCAGGAAGACGUAGACUCAUCGUAUCAGAUUCCGAAGAUGAGUGUGACGGAGUCCAUAUUCGUGAUUCCCCGACUCAAACCAAUACAACCCGUGACUGUAAUCUUCAUUUCAAAUCCCCUAUUCAGCCAAAACCAGAAUCGAGAUCGAAAACAUCUACUUCACGUACAACCAAAGGCAAGCCAGCAGCUUUACGAUUUAUAGAAGAUGAAGCUUUCAAUCAUGUGACCGAUGAGGAAGAUUAUGAAGAUGAAGAUACGAUGGGAUCCUUGAGAGAUUUCAUUGUCGACGACGACGUCGAUGAUGAAGAUGAAGCUGAUACCUCUGAAGGAGAUGGCUCAGAGGAAGAUAGUGGAAGUGAACAAGGAGAGAGAAGUGGUCAGGAAGAGGACAGUGGUAGCGGUAGUGAUAGUGAUGGUAUAGAAGUAUUAUCAUCACCUGGAAUCACUAAAAACCCUUCAAAAAGGAUUGAAAAUCAUCAUGAUGAUGAUCACGAUGACGAUGAGAAUGGAGGGGUUUUGUAUUAUUCACCUGCUAAGAAGAUACAUCGCAACCAAUUGCCAGAUUUAGAUAAAUUGAUAAUCGCUUCAUCUGAAUCUGAAUCUGAAUCCGACGAUCAAUCUGAUAUUUCAAUCACAAGGAAAAAGAAGAAACCCGUUAAACCGAAAGCGUCUAAGGGGAAGGGAAAUUCCGAAAAAUCAUCUUUUUCAACCAAAGCAUGGACGGAAGAACGUACUAGAAUAGCAAGUUCCAUUUUCAAAGAUUUGGAUGAAAGGGUAUUUGAAGGGAAAUUGGGAUUUAAAGGCGUUGGUGCUAGUGUAAUUUGGAAUAAGAGGCUAUUGACUACAGCAGGUGUAGCUAGAUCUAAGAGGACUACCAAAAAUGGCGAAAGCGUUAAAGAUCAUUGGAUCGAAUUGAGUGAAAAAGUCUUGACUGGUGAAAAACAGAUCAUCAACACUGUAGCUCAUGAAAUGUGUCAUUUGGCUACAUGGGUUAUUAGCAAUGAAUAUCGUAAUCCACAUGGAAGGAUGUUCAAGUCUUGGGGCCGGAAGGUUAUGAAAGCUAGAAAAGACAUCGAGGUGACCACCACUCACGCCUAUAUAAUCGAGUACAAAUACGAAUGGAAAUGCUCCACCAAUUUCUGUGGAAAAAUAUAUAAGAGACAUUCGAAAUCUAUUGAUACAGAUAAACAUGCGUGUGGAUCAUGCAAAGGCAAACUCAUACCUCUGUUUGAAAGUAGGCAAAAGGUUUCUUCUGCGUUUCAACUAUACCUCAAAGCGAAUAUGAAAUAUGCCAAAACAGCUAUGCCCGGAUCUUCCCAUGGUGAAGUGAUGCGUGCAUUAUCUAAGCGAUGGAAUGAAGGUGAUCAGAAUGUGGAUCAUGAGAUUUUCUGGAAGAGCGCUUCGGCAGCUGUGGCGACGUGA